AAUUAACAAAAAUGAAAGUGUGUGUAUAAGUAAAUUCUUUCAAGGUGCUACACCAAUUAAUCAAUUAUAUACCCCUCAUCAUACACAAAGACCCACAAGUCUCCCUUCUCCUUAGCUUGCAAGCAAACCCCCUUUCGAUCUCCCACGGUUUUGAUGGAUAGUAACAACAGGAGCUCUUCUCAGCUCGAUGAACCCGUGGUUAUCGAUGCUCCAACUGGAUGGAAGAGUCAGUUGCAAGCUGAUUCUCGCAGAAGAAUUAUCAUCAAGAUACUGGACACUUUGAAGAGGCAUCUCCCUUUCUCUGGAGAAGAGGGAUUACAAGAACUUGAGAAAAUUGCUGUGAGAUUUGAACAGAAGAUUUAUGAUGCCGCAACAAGCCAGUCUGAUUAUUUGAGAAAGAUAUCUUUAAAGAUGCUGACAAUGGAGACAAAAAACCCGUUGCCUAAUGUUGUGCAGUUUAACUCUGCUAAUCAUGGCCAGAAUCCUCCUAAUCCAGAUUUCGCUACGGAGUUGGAUGACGGGGAGGUCUGUAAUCCUGGACCUCUCACCCCUGUACAGUACUUGUAAUAGUGGAUCGGGGUAUUGUUCUAUCAUACUGGAGCAAAAUGAUCCUCGGGGCUUGGUUGGUGAUAGUGAUUUUUCUUUAAUAAGUACCAAAGAUUCUGACUUUUAAUGAUUAGUUUUUAUUCAUGUUUCAUGUCACGCCUUAUGUUAGAGAAUGCUUGGAAUUUGAAGAACUGUGAUUUUUAUUGUUCUAUAUGAUCAAUAGUUGAUUGGUCUAA